CAGCGAUUUCCCACGAUGCCAUCGCUACUAUCGCUACCUCUCGAGAUACGGGACAAUAUCAUCGAUUACGUCAUCACAUCUCAGCGCGACCCACCUACUGCCCGGAAUGAUCAUUCGUCCAGAAGAGACACGCGCAUUCAAUUCGAAGACACCCACUGGAAGGAAAUUGGCAACUUGAUCUACUUCGAGAGCUCUCCAACGGCUUUUCGACCUGCAUUCGGCGGCUUGUUGCUCGCCUGUCAGCAGCUGCGCGCGGACACCCUGAAACGAGUGUCUAAAGCGGACGUCCCCAUGAUCCUGGAUGUACUAGCCGUCAAUGAAGAGACGAUAUGGGUGACUUGGCUUUCCCUGCCAUUAAUUACGGGACGUAUGAUCGAAAAGCUUGAUAUCCAGUAUCGGUAUCAAUACGACGGCCAGGAGCAAUCGGAAGAGACCACAAAUACACACAAGUGGACUCUCGAUUUUACAACGCAGCUGAGGUACCUUAUUUAUCGGAUCUUGGCUGUAGGCAGUGCCGGACCAUUGCCCGAUUCCAACCGGCGAAGACUCUGGACCGGAGCACGUUACAAAUUCAACGAUACCAUCCGCUUUGAACACGAGUAUAUCCCUCACUACAGCAUCCGCAUGCUCAGAUUUCAUGCUCCUCGACCUUUCGUGCCUCCCGAUGCAGCAACCAAUCUUCUGCACUCUGGGUACCGAACUGAGGUGAACGACAUGAUUGAAGAGGUGGCUCUUCGUAAUGUUAUCUACCAGGGCAGAAAGCACCCGGGAUGGAAGUUAGCACGAGAAAGAAUUGGAGGGAUUCUCUCCUUCUUCUAUUCGGGUAUGCUGGAUCUGGGUACAUACUCCGAUCUGAAUGACUUGUAUUUGUCCUACAGUAGUGACCCAUCCUGUGCGCAAAUUAUUGCAGAGAUUUUGGAGGGGCGCAAGGCGAACGACCUCUAAAGUUUCAUUAUCUUCGAUAGACUCGCAGAAUUGCCACGAUAGUAGACCCAGGUAUUGCA